CAUACGUCAUCAGUGCGCGACGUAGCAUGCAGGACUGUGAAGGACGCUGAGCAGAAGUUCAGGAUGAAAUAAUUAAAAAUGAAAAUAUAGGUUGGAUGUUCCGAUUGUUUUGGGUUAUGUAACUUAACAUUCACAAUUAUCUGAGUGUCUGUAAAACAACAGGAAGCAAGAGGAGGUCAGGGCGGUGCUCCAAUCUGUGCCGCUGUCAUGGCGUUGUCAUGUUUAACACGAGCCCUGCGUUCGCUGACUCUUUCCCAGCCUGCUCUGCUCUCCUCACAGGCGCUCGCUCAGCUGAGGCUGGGAGCUCAGGUACCCAGUGCAGUCAGCCAGUGCAGAGGCUUCCUGACCACAGCCUCUCUGGAGCAGAACAGGACAUUCUGGAAGCAGAGGGACAAGUACAGCAUAAAGCCAAUGGGGAUGAAAAAGACCGGAGGCAGAGAUCAUACGGGAAGGGUACGCACACACGGCAUUGGUGGAGGCCACAAACAGAAGUACCGGUGGGUGGACUUUCAGCGAUUACGUUAUGAACCCAAGAAAGACGGUCAGCCUUUUGAAGAGAAGGUUGUCGAGGUGCGAUACGACCCAUGCAGGUCAGCUGAUAUUGCUCUGGUAGCGGGAGGCAACCGGAAAAGGUGGAUCAUUGCAACAGAGAACAUGCAGGCUGGAGACAUCGUUAAAACGUCUGGUGUUAUUGGACGCAUGGCAGUAUCAGCAAAUGAAGGGGAUGCCUACCCACUGGGGGCUAUUCCUGUGGGGACACUAGUGAACAACCUGGAGGUGCAGCCGGGCAGAGGAUCAGAGUACAUACGUGCUGCAGGCACAAGUGGCGUUUUGCUGCGUAAAGUAAACGGGACUGCAAUCGUUCAGCUGCCUUCGAAGCAGCAGGUCCAGGUGUUGGAGACCUGCAUGGUAACGGUGGGUCGCGUGUCAAACAUCGACCACAACAAACGAAUCAUUGGGAAAGCCGGUCGCAACCGCUGGCUCGGCAUCCGCCCGUCCAGCGGCUUGUGGAAGAGGAAAGGAGGCUGGGCGGGGCGGAAGAUUAAACCGCUGCCUCCGAUGAAGAGCUACGUCAACCUGCCCUUGAUCUCUGCUAACUAACUCAACAUUAGUGUGUUUGUAUUUGCUUGUGAUAUCAAUGGAGGAACGAAUAAAGACAAGCUGCUUGUACGGAAGAUUAAAAAUUUUAUUAAACACAA